AUAACAACAAUGCAAUUCUGCUUCAGGAAAUUAAUAACUGGGUGUCCGAAAAGACUAGGAGUAAAAUAACGGAGCUAAUAACAGCAGACGAUGUCAAUAAGGACAUCGUAAUAUUACUACUGAAUGCAAUUUACUUCGGUGGAAUUUGGAAGACACAAUUUGAUGAUACA